AUUAAAUAGUUGCGGGAUCUAAUAUUGUUAAUAGCGGUAAUAGCAUGGAUGACGAAGAUGCAGAGAUGCAUCGGCUUGAGGGCACAGCUGGGCAGGAGGUGCGUGGUGGGCUAGUGUUGAAAAAGCCAAAGGACAGCGCCCCCGGUAGUAGCUUCAAAGUUCCUCAGGGUUCCCUUCUGGGCCUGGACAAGUUAGCAGCCAAGCGACGCCUUGAAAAGGAGAGUUCUCAACGCCUAAUCUCGUUCCAUGAUAACGAAUAUGAUGAUCUAGCUGGCUCUGCCUCCCCUCAGGUAAACACACCGGCAGCGGCCUCAACAAGUGAAUUUGCCUUCAAGAAGCCGGAUACAAAGAGCUUUGAAAAACUGAGUCGUCAGCUACGCGAGCACAAGGACGAGACGCCUUCGCACACAGGUGGUGUGUCGGAGAAAGCGCGUGAGCGUCUACGUGAGCACAUUCACCGCGAUAGAAACAAAGCUGGAGGGGUUCGGUGCACCACUCGCGAGGAAACCUCAUCAUCGUCAACUGGCGAUCAGCGCCAUCGGGAACGUGACCGUGGACGGGAUAAGGAUCGCGACAGACACCGUGAACGAUACGAUGACAAUCGCAGGCAUUGGAACCGGGAACGCGAUCGUGAUCGUUAUAGAGACCAAGACAGGCAUCGCAGUCGCUCGCACUCCUCGUCAGUGCGCAGCGUGCGCACACCCCGAGAACCGGCUACACCAGGUGGUGGUGGCAUUUCGAACAGUUCAUGGGACGACGAGGAUGGCGAUAGCUUUGGUGGCCGCAAAUCGGACUGGGACUUCCCAACGCCACGUGGCAGUGGUGGUGGCGGCCAGAAAGGCGAAUGGUCCGCACGAAGCAAUAGCAGCGGCUUCAGCAGCUCCCACAAUCGCAGCAGUCGUCGGCAUCAUGAUAAUACACAGCGUCCAACACCGGCUCAUCGAUAUAAUCAAUGGGCUCCAGACCGCAAACACAGCGGUGCCACGCCUUGGGGCAAGGAUCGUGAGUCACAAGAUCUGUGGGAAGAGGAGCAGCGACGUUUGGAUCGCGAGUGGUAUAAUAUAGACGAGGGGUACGAUGAUGAGCACAAUCCCUUCUCCGGCACCAAUUCGGAAUACUUCCGUAAGCGUGAGGAGCAACUGGAGCAGCGACGCACCAAGCGAAUCAGCGCGCAGCAGCGACAGAAUAAUCGUGACAAUGAACUGUGGGAGCGCAAUCGAAUGCUCACCUCCGGCGUCGUCACAUCCAUUAACGUGAACGACGACUUUGACGAGGAGGCCCUGGAACGUGUCCAUUUGCUGGUGCAUCACAUCAUACCGCCAUUUUUGGACGGUCGCAUUGUAUUCACAAAGCAACCAGAGCCGGUUGUGCCCGUCAAAGAUCCCACCUCGGACAUGGCGCUGCUGGCACGCAAAGGCAGCGCUCUCGUUCGCACGUAUCGCGAACAAAAGGAACGUCGGAAAGCCCAGAAGAAGCACUGGGAGUUGGGCGGCACAAAGCUGGGCAACAUUAUGGGCAUUGAGCGUCCACAGGACGAUGAGGACGCCAAGUUCGACAAGGACAGCGACACGGCCGAUUACCGCAAGGAUCAAAAAUUUGCCGAUCAUAUGCGCGACCAAGACUCGAGUGGCAAAAGCGAGUUCUCCCGCAAGAAGACCAUUUCGGAGCAGCGUCGCUACCUGCCCGUAUUCGCUUCGCGCCAGGAGCUGCUCAACGUCAUCCGAGAGAAUUCGGUCAUCAUUAUUGUGGGCGAGACAGGCAGCGGAAAAACCACACAACUCACACAGUAUCUCCACGAAGAUGGUUACAGCAAGCUGGGCAUGAUUGGAUGCACGCAGCCACGUCGUGUGGCCGCCAUGUCUGUGGCCAAGCGCGUCUCCGAUGAAAUGGACACCCAACUAGGCGAAGAUGUGGGCUAUGCGAUACGUUUCGAGGACUGCACCUCAGAGCGAACGGUCAUUAAAUACAUGACUGAUGGUAUUUUAUUGCGCGAGAGCUUAAGGGAUCCCGACUUGGAUGGCUAUUCGGCAAUCAUUAUGGACGAGGCGCACGAACGUUCCCUAUCCACCGAUGUUCUCUUUGGACUGCUACGAGAGAUUGUUGCACGACGUCAUGACCUGAAGCUAAUUGUUACGUCGGCCACCAUGGACUCGACCAAGUUUGCCACCUUCUUUGGAAACGUGCCGACGUUUACGAUACCUGGACGGACGUUUCCCGUCGACGUGAUGUUCAGCAAGAAUACGUGCGAGGAUUAUGUGGAGUCGGCGGUCAAGCAGGCCCUGCAGGUGCAUCUGACGCCCAAUGAGGGAGAUAUGCUGAUCUUUAUGCCGGGCCAGGAGGAUAUCGAGGUGACCUGCGAGGUGCUGGAGGAGCGUCUGGCCGAGAUCGAUAAUGCACCGGAGCUGAGCAUAUUGCCAAUAUACUCGCAACUGCCCUCCGAUUUGCAGGCGAAGAUAUUCCAGAAGUCACCCGACGGCAUACGCAAAUGUGUGGUGGCCACCAAUAUAGCGGAGACAUCGCUCACGGUCGAUGGCAUUAUCUAUGUCAUUGAUUCGGGCUACUGCAAGCUGAAGGUCUAUAAUCCUCGCAUCGGCAUGGAUGCCCUACAGAUCUAUCCCAUAUCGCAGGCCAAUGCGAAUCAGCGUUCGGGUCGUGCCGGACGCACAGGUCCGGGACAGGCCUAUCGACUCUACACACAGCGUCAGUACAAGGACGAACUCCUGGCGCUGACCGUGCCCGAAAUACAGCGCACCAACCUGGCCAAUACGGUGUUGUUGCUGAAGUCGCUGGGCGUCGUCGAUUUGCUGCAAUUCCAUUUCAUGGAUCCACCGCCACAGGACAAUAUACUCAACUCGCUGUAUCAGCUGUGGAUCCUGGGCGCCUUGGACCACACUGGCGCUCUAACAACCCUCGGCCGCCAAAUGGCCGAAUUCCCGCUAGAUCCGCCCCAAUGCCAAAUGCUGAUCGUUGCCUGCCAAAUGGAGUGCAGUUCCGAGGUAUUGAUUAUAGUAUCCAUGCUCUCGGUACCGUCCAUUUUCUAUCGGCCCAAGGGUCGCGAGGAAGAGGCGGAUGGUGUGCGUGAGAAGUUCCAAGUGCCCGAAUCGGAUCACCUGACCUACCUCAAUGUCUACCUGCAAUGGAAGCAAAAUAACUACAGCUCUUCGUGGUGCAAUGAGCACUUUAUUCACGUCAAGGCCAUGCGAAAGGUGCGCGAGGUGCGGCAGCAGCUGAAGGACAUUAUGACGCAGCAAAAGAUGAAUGUGAAGUCGUGCGGCACCGAUUGGGACAUUGUACGCAAGUGCAUUUGUUCCGCCUACUUCUACCAGGCGGCUCGUCUAAAGGGUAUUGGCGAGUACGUUAAUUUGCGUACAGGCAUGCCUUGCCAUUUGCAUCCCACAUCGGCACUCUAUGGCUUGGGCACCACACCCGACUAUGUUGUUUAUCACGAGCUGAUUAUGACGGCCAAGGAAUACAUGCAGUGCGCCACAGCGGUGGACGGCUAUUGGUUGGCCGAGCUGGGUCCCAUGUUCUUCUCCGUCAAAGAGUCGGGACGCAGUGGCCGCGAAAAGAAGAAACAGGCCGCGGAACAUUUGAAGGAGAUGGAGGCACAAAUGUUGCAGGCCCAGCACGAAAUGGAGGAGCGCAAGAUGAGGGCUGCACAUCGUGAGGAGCAAUUGGCCGCUAAACAGGAGAUUGCCACGCCCGGCACUACAACGCCACGCCGCACACCCGCACGUAUCGGACUCUAAUUCAAAUAAAAAUGAUAAACUUACAUCCUUACUUAAGGUGUGCUCUGACAGGCAAAUAAUUUGCACACAAAAUGUCGAUUUUCAAAACGAGUUCAUGAAUAUGUUAUUUCCAUAAAAAAACGAAGUGAAUUUUAAAAAUGCAAAUUUGUGUGCAAAUUAUUUGCAUGUCUGAUCAUUAAGUUAAAGGGAACUGUCCAACUAUAAAUGAUAAGCUUUCAAACUUAAAGUGUGGACAGAGAGGCAAACAAUUUGCACACACAUUUCUUGUAUGUCAUUAAUAAAGUGAUAUUUCAAUUAAAGAAAAUAUAGUUUUUUGCGAAAAAUAAACAUGUCUUUUAUAAAAUAACCCAAAUACCGUAUGUUUGCAAAUUAUUUACAUGUCUGACCGUGACUCGUCAGCAUUUUUACUUUGUGAAUACUUUGCACCUGGUAUUUAUUAUUCGUAUGUAUUCUUGAUUAAUUGUAGUGGCAGUAAAGCUUAUCAAUAUUAUUCCCCAUUAAA